UUAUCGGCAGUUUACUUUUCGCAUCGCAAUAAGCACUGCAGUAACAAAACUAACACACUGUUAGUUAAAGCGAACACUUUUGCGUCACACCAGUCUAUCGCAGCAAAAUGAACAGCUUUUUCUUGAUUCUGGGUAUAAUGUUCUGGCCGUUGGCUAUUAACAGCCAACGUCCGUAUUCCCGAUGCCGCUGCAUGCCGGACACGCCGUGUUGGCCGACAGCGCAGGAGUGGAACGGAUUGAACGCUUCCCUAAGCGGGCGUCUGGUGCAACCACAGCCAUCAGGGUAUCCAUGCUAUCGUGGCGCCGGUUAUAACAUCACCGCCUGCUCCCAGAUGAAGACAUCGCGCUCUAACGCUUACUACCGCCGCGACUUGCCCGGCACGACGCAGUCCGAGAACUGGGAAGAGGCGGGGGAGAAUGGACGGUGUGCUCUGGAGACCGCCGACGGACGCUUCGCUGUCUGCCAUCGCGGGCGGGUGUCGGUCUACGGCGUCCAGGUGGAGUCGGUUAAGGAUGUCCAGACCGCGGUUAAAUUCGCUGCCUCACAUAAUCUCCGGUUGGUUGUGAAGUCCACUGGGCAUGAUUAUAUGGGGAGGAGCUCGGCGGCCGGCUCCUUCCUGAUCUGGAUGCAAAAGAUGAAGGGAAUCACGUACAGCAGCGCCUUCGUCCCGAAAAACUGCCCUCGCGAACCAGCGACCCCGGCCGUGACAGUCACCGGGGGAACCGGAUGGGGCGAAGUCUACGACUACGUCGAGCAGAACUUCGGCAACAAACUUGUUAUACUAGGAGGCAACGCGGCCACCGUGGGCGCCGCGGGGGGCUUCGCCUUGGGCGGGGGUCACGGCGCCCAGUCCCCGUGGCUGGGCCUGGCCGUGGACAACGUCCUGGAGCUGCAGGUGGUCACGGCCGACGGCCAGCUGCGGACGCUCAACAAAUGCCAGGAACCGGAUCUCUUCUGGGCCCUGCGGGGCGGCGGGGGCGGGACCUUCGGGGUGGUGACGGCGGUGACGCACAAACUGAACCCCGGGGCUGCGGAGUACACCAGUUACGCGGUGGUGGCCUUCUCCAGUGAUUUCCAGCCGCUGACGGGGGAACAGAUGGAGGCGCUGCUGGAGGUGUGGGCGAGUUAUACGCCGAUUCUGGAGGAGGUCCCCUGGGGAGGGUACUUCCAGUUUGUCACCGGCAUCGGGUUCUUUAUCAGCAUCUUGGCGCCGUUGAAUGAGGCUGCGGCCAGCCAGACCGUUGUACCGUUGACGAAUGGGCUGUUGGCGUUGCAGACGAAAGGCAUCACGAUCGUCGGGGUGAAUCAGACCAAUCCUGAGCAGUAUACGCGACCUUUCAAAAGUUUCCGGCAAUGGCACUCCUGGACGGGCCGACUCUUCUCCCCCGAGACCGGCACCGACGCCACGGGCGGGCGCACCAUCCUAGGCUCCCGCCUCGUCCCCGUGUCAGCCCUCUCCAACCCCCGCCUCUUCGCCAAGACUAUCGUGGAUGGCAUGCGGGCCAACGGCCUCCUCUGGGGCAUGCUGGGCCACUUCGUCAACGGGAAGGGCGUCCGCGCGCGGGACCCCCACGGCACCGAGACCUCGGUGACCCCCGCCUGGCGGCGCUCCGUCUACCACGUGGUCAUGUUCAUCGGCUGGUCCUACGAGACCACCGACGCCGAACUGGCCAACCUGACGAACGCCCUGAACGCGGGGGUCCAGGUAUGGCGGGACGCGUAUCCCGGGGCGGGAGCGUACGGGAACGAGGCGUUCACCGCGGAGCCGCGCUGGCAGGAGGCGUUCUGGGGCGCGGAGAAUUACGGCCGGCUGUACAGGAUCAAGAUGGCCGUGGAUCCCGCCGGGCUAUUCACCUGUCCGCAGUGUGUCGGCUGUGAGAUGUGGGAUGCCGAGGGAGUGUGUCAGAAAUGAGGCCGGUGUGGAUGCAGCACACGCCGGGUUAAUUGUAUGUGCUUAAGUGCCGCACCAUGGGUGCUUGAAUUAAACGGUGCCACGCGAUGGGUCAAUUAAACUAUCUGUAAUCAAAUUAUUUCUUCCUUGCUGCUCUAGCUGUAGUUCAUGUAUCCGCUGAAUUUUUGCACAUUGCGUGACUUCUUGCUCUUAAAUCCUCGAUUUCUUACAUAAUCAAAUUUAUGUUGCAAGUAUAAAAUAUAAUUGAUCUGCAAUUUUUUAGCAAUUUGUAAUUUUUUUUUCGUUAUAAAAAUUAAAAAAAUUCGCACUUA